CAUAAAUAGGCAGUGACUUGGAUGUGAGUAAUCAUGGUCUCCACUGGCCAUCACUAUGGAAUUCUUGGACCCAGAAGAACACCAUUCUGACUUCAGUUGGGAGGCAGGCAUUCACUGCUGUGGAGAGGUUUGUUGGGCGGGGAUACACAGUGUAAACACUGUGAGGGACCCUUUGAACACACACAUUGAUCCAAAAAACCCCAGUCAAGGCACCACGUUGUACGGGCAGAAAACUCUUUUUCCUGGCGGGGGCUGCCAGAGGGAGCUCCCAGUGUUGAUGGCACCCUGCAAAAUGCUCUUUUCUUGUAUCCUGGCAGCUUCUCUGCUGAUUUCUUCAAGAGGGACUGACACUGGGGAGGAAAUCAAUGAAACCAUCAUCUGUACCAAGGACCUGAUUGGAGUGGAAAUUCCAAGUACAUUCUUCCUGUCAAAGAAUCCUCCAAUAUUAAAGUCCUCUGCAUCUGAUGACAGGCAGAAAUAUGCAAACUGGGAACGCCUGGCCUGUUGAAAUUCUGUCUAGCAUGCUGCCAGUAAAGACACAGAAACAUUAAAUCCUGCAGCCAGCCAUUAAAGGCACAUUUCCAAGAGAAAAUUAUGUAUCUUAGGAGCCAGAUAUCUGAUUUGCACCUGAAUGACCCAGAAUGCCAUGGCACUCAGGUAGAAAACCUAUACGUGUUCAGCAUUAAGACCAAUUUCACAGACUGCGGAACAAGAGUGGAUUCUGAUGGUGCACAUAUUAUUUUCAUCAACACCAUACAGAACAACUUCUCGGACAUAAUUACAAGAACUUUUAUAAAUAUUACAUUUGCCUGUCGAUAUCCUAUUAAUUACAUGGUACAGCAGCCCAAUGAAGAAAAUAAGAUCAAUGUUGAUAUCAGAACUAUCACACUAAAUACUGAAGAUGGGAACUUUUCUGUGUCCAUGGUGCUGUACAAGGACCAAUAUUUUGAAGACAUGUGGACAACUAUUCCCUUUCUGACUCUAGAGGAUAACAUAUUUGUCAAAAUUAAAAUGGUUCCAGAUAACUUAAUAAUUAGAGUUGAAAACUGCUGGUCCACCCCAACAAAGGAUCCUAUUCAGGCUAUCCAGUAUUCUUUUAUUAAAGACAGUUGCCCACAAGCUGUAAAAGACAAGACCCUGUCAGUAAUAACGAAUGGAGAAGGUGAAGAAGCAAUGUUUAGGAUCCAAAUGUUUAAAUUUGUUGGCCUCUCAUAUAAUCAUGUUUUCUUACACUGCACAGUUCAGAUUUGUCAGAGUACAGCAGCUAUUUGCAAACCAAAUUGCACAAGCAAUGACACUCUGAUCAGAAAUAAAAGAGAAGUCACACCUUUUUCUAAUCACAUGGUGUCAUAUGGUCCUAUAAAACGAAAGCUGAUAGAUAAUGAAGAGACUAAUAUAAAUAAAGGAAGAUUUCCACCAAUAGAAAUGUUGAUUCUUGCAGGAGUUCUAAUUGCUGUUCUGGUGAUAACUGCAGCUUUUGGAAACCUUUUGUUGCAGUCAAGGAGGACAUAUCCUACUAUGCAAGCACAGCUGAUAAUGUCCCGUUUUCACAACUCUGAAGUACCAUCGUGACUAGUUACCUCAAGAUAUCUUUAAAUACUUGGCCUUCAUUGCAGCAAUGAUUAUGUAGUACAUUGACAUUUACAUAUGUUUUUUUAUUUUUAUACAUCUCAAGGUCUCAGAUUAGUACUGACAUAUCUGUCCCAUUGCACACAGUUUACCAAAAAUAGGAAGAAUUUUUAAGUAAGAAAUGAAAUGAUCCUGUAAUCCAUGGAGAAAAUUCAAUGUAAAUAAUUUUCUAUAUGAAUAGUGUCCUCAUGUUGGUAAAAACAUGCAGCCCAUGUUCUUAUGAUCAAGAACAUCAGCUAAAAUUCAGAGCUGUGCAUGCUCCUGAAAACUGCACAUGCAGUGGCAGAAAUCCUUGUCAGAGGACUGGGAAGUGCAAAGUGUGCAAGGUGUGGAGUGGACGUAGCUGGGCACCACACUGACAUCAACAAUCUUAGAUACAGUGACUCAGCACAACAGCAAACGACACCUGUGCCUCACAUAGGAUCACUUCCCAAUCUUCUUAUCUGGGUUUUUGCCACCACAUGCAGUUUUCAGGAGCAUGCAAGGCUCUGAACCCUAGUUGUCUGCUCCUUGGAUUUUCUUGAUUAAUAGUACAUGACCAUAUAAUGGUUGACUAUGGUAAAUGUGUACAUUUUGCUGAGUUCCCAGCAUGUCAUGAACACUGGGCAGAAUCCAGACUAAGUUACUACUACAAAUAUUUGUAUACUGCUUUUCAACAAAAGUUCUCAAAGCCGUUUACACAGAAAGAUGAUAAUAAAGAUGGCUCCCUGUCCCCAAAGGGCUGAUAAUCUAAAAAUAUAUAUAAAGGAGACACCAGCAACAACCACUGGAGGGAUGCUCUGCUGGGGCUGGAUAUGCUCCUCCCAUGCUAAAUAUAGGAUAAUCACCACUUUAAAAGGUGCUUCUUUGCUCAGUCAGUAGGGAUCAUGACUAAGUUAGCAGAUAGUCGUGACUAACUUAAGUCCCAUUAAUUUAAAUGGGACUCAGUCAUGACUAUCUCAUUUAUUUCAAUGGUGCUUAGUCAUGAUGACUACCUUAGCCUGGAUUCUGCCUACUGUGUGAACAUGAAGCUAAAUGAGUUAUCUAGACAUGCUGUUUGUAUGUUUUCCCUGCAGAAAAAUACUAGCCAUGUAAGAAAUUUGUCACCUCUGAAGCAGCUUUAAAUGAUGUUCCUAAAUUGCAUUGUGAUAAAAUGCAUUUAACUAAGAAAAAUGUUCAUUUUCUGAUAAGAAGGGUUUGUUUCCAUGGAACAAUCAGCAACUGACAUCAUUUUAAAAAAUGUCCUUAAUUAGGAUUAUCCAGUGCUUAUUUACUGUAAGCACAGCCAGAGCUUUCCCAUUGUUGACUGUGGAAGGGCUUAUGUUUGAUGCUAUUUGCCUUCAAUAGCCAAAACCUUUGUCAGCUAGCAGAACGUAAAACCUAUGCACUUCAUAAUCUCAAUGCUUAGCUACUCAUGAUCCUGGAAAUUGGCUAAUUUGCAAUCCUGUUUCAAAGUCUUCCCUUUCUUCCAUUUGUUUCAACACAGUGCAUCAAAUACGGAGAAAGGAAAAGUGUGCUAAUUUAGCAUGUUUAGGUUUUUGUUUUGUUUUUUACCCUCCCUCCCACCCCCACCCCAAAUUUGAGCAUACCAUUCUGCAAAAUGUCUGAAUAUUUUUCUGGUCUGCUUAAGAGAACUGAAAUAAAGUGUUGCUGGCAUUGCCUAAAA